AUGCUGUAUGGAGCAGAAAGCUGGACCACUUUGGAUAAGCACAUGAGCAGGGUCACAGCAGCGGAAAUGCGAUACCUCAGGAGAAUAGUGGGUAAAAAUAGGAGGGACCGUAUAAGAAAUGAAACUGUGAGGCAGGACUUGGAAGUAGGGCCGGUGAGCGGGAUUCUGGAAGAGAGACAGUUGAAGUGGCUGGGGCAUGCAAGUAGGGCGGACGAAACAAAGAAGAUAAGACAGUUCCUUGAAGCCAAACCGGAGGGAAAAAGACCAAGAGGCAGACCACGACUGGCAUACCAGGAGUAUAUGGUGAGGUUGGGGGAGGUGCGAGGAAGUAGCUGGUGGGAGAUGCGGAGAAUGAUGGGGGAUAGACUGGUGUGGAGAAGAUGGACCGAGGCUCAAAACCACCCGACGCUGAGAGGCAGAAGGGUUCGCUAA